AUGGUGGGGAAGAAUUACAAGGUUAAAAGUCUGUCAAUGGAAUGGACCAAUCAAGCAUCUGAGGCCGGAAUUGCAAAAUGGCGUGGAUCAGUCGGUGGCAUUGUUGAUGCACCUAUAGACCAAGUCUGGAGUAUGGUUUCUCAAACUAAAAGACUAACAGAAUGGAUGCCAAUGGUUGAGCGCUGCACUGAUUUAGCUGGAGAUGAAGGUGUUCCGGGCUAUGUUCGGUUAGUCUCUGGCUUCAUGUUCCCACAAGAAGAUGGAGACAGGUCAUGGAUCAAGGAGAAGCUGGUGUCCAUAGAUUCAUCAAGACAUAAUUAUGUGUACAAAUUGGAAGCCAGCAAUGUAGGUUUAGAUGGGUCUGUGAAUUCAGUAAAGCUUGUAGAUUAUGGGAAUGAUUCAACACUAGUUGACUGGUCAUUUGAGGUAAACCCCUUGGAAGGUACAUGUGAGGACAGCAUUAUAGAUUAUCUAGGAUUUCUCUAUAAAUCUUGCAUUAACCGGAUUGAGGCUGCUAUAGAAGCAGCAUCCAAGAAAGUUUAA